AUGGAAUACCAAGAAUCCUUGAAGCCCAGUGCAAUUAUCAGCAAGCUUUCGGAUCCUGUCAAGACACGGAUCAACAAUUUCCUUGCCAAUGGUGUAAUGUCCUCUGGAAAAGUUAUUGGCAGCAUCCUCCUUCUAGUUUAUGAGUUGUUUCGGGUGGAAGAGUUAGCGAUAAGCUCCAGUGCGAACCUCAUCGAUCACAAUAGGCUCCAGAUCUACAAACAUAGCCCUCGGGACGUGUUUUCCAUGAAGCCCAUCCACUACUGCCUUGAUCCAAUCUUACCCAGUGCGAUGAGGGAGUUCCGGUGUCGGAUUAGGGGUAGGUGCGACACCGGUGGGGAAGGUAGAGAGAUCGAGAAGAGAAAGAGUGAGAUGGAGAGGACGAGAAGUUAA